UUUAAUAAUUGGGCCAUUAGUGUUGUGAGAUACAAUUACAUAUGUAGCAGCAGAAGAAGAGGAGAUCAGCACUUCGUCUUGUUCCUUUCUUCUCCAUCUCUCUCUCUCUCCCCCUCCUCCGAUCCUCUCACUCUUCCAUGUUAGCUUCCUUCUUCCUCAUCACACAUGGGAAAGACCAGCAAAUGGCUUCGAAGCAUCUUGACUGGCAAGAAAGACAGACAUAGAGACAAAGACAAAUGUUCAAAACCGUCUGACAUUCCCGAGCAACAAGAUCGGACCACGCCGACCAAUUCAACUCCCAAAGAGAAACGACGUUGGAGCUUCCGAAGAUCCUCGGCCUCAUCGACAACGACGACGGCGACAGCCGCAGCCGACGUGACACCGACCACUCCCGUGGAAUCAAACGCUGUCGCUUCUAACUCACCGACAGACAUCGCUGCCGACGAUGAGCAGCAGAAGGAGCAGCACGCCAUGGCCGUCGCUUCCGCCUCCGAGGAAGCUGCCGCCGUUAAAAUUCAAUCUGUUUUUCGCUCUUACCUGGCGAGGAAGGCGCUGUGUGCGUUGAGAGGAUUGGUGAAGUUGCAGGCACUGGUGAGGGGUCACUUGGUGAGGAAGCAAGCGACAGAUACGUUGAGAAGAAUGCAAGCUCUGGUGACGGCACAGGCAAGAGCUCGAGCUCAGAGGAUUCGAAUGGUUUCGUCGGAAGAUCAGAGGCAUAAUCAAAGACAAUCGAAUCACAGAAAAUCCACAGAAGAAGACAUGUUCACGCAGAUCUAUGAUGAAGAGAACAUCAAGAUAGUGGAAAUGGAUGUGGGUGAGACCAAACGUGAUUCUAGAAGGAGAAGAAACAAUAUCAACAGUAACAACAACAACAAUAACCCAAAUUACCAUUGCGCAUAUUACUCACCAAAGGAAGAAGCCCACCAGGCUGCCUCCCCAAGCCCAUCAGCUGUAACGGACAUGAGCCCACGGGCCUACAGUGGCCACUUUGAGGACUGUACAUCCUUGGGUACAGGCCAAAGCAGCCCACAGCUCUUGUACUCGGCCAUGUCGAGGAUUGAAGACUUAAAAAAUCUUCCUUUCACCUUUCCAAAACCUCCACCACAUGCAGAAUCAGUUAUGUCUUAUGACUACCCUUUGUUCCCAAACUACAUGGCCAACACAGAGUCAUCUAGAGCCAAGGCACGGUCACAGAGUGCGCCGAAGCAGAGGCCGCCUGAGACAUUUGAGCGGCAACCAAGCCGACGACGGGCUUCGGUGGAAGGGAGGAACGUGCCUAGGCCCGUGCGAAUGCAGCGGUCUUCUUCUCAUGUGGGUUCUACGGCCCAUAACUACCAGUAUCCUUGGUCCACGAUCAAGCUUGACAAGUCUUCAGCUUCACUCAAGGAGAGUGAGUGUGGAUCUUCUAGUACUGUUCUCACUAAUACUAACUAUUGCAAGUCCCUUGCCGCUUAUGAUCCUUAUGGAGGAAGGUACUACUGACCAAAUUCUUCCUGCAACAAGAGGGAACCAGUUUUGCAGGAACAUUCAUGAGUUAAUUUUCCAUAGUGUAUUUCAAGACACAUUAUGUAGAGAUUUUUUUUUUUUUUUUUUGCCUUUGUGUGUUUUUCUUUUAAUAUAAAUUUGGCCGUGUUUGUGAGUGAGACAUUUUGACUUGUCAUGAUCUCUAUGUAAAAAUUUAUCCCAUCGAUAUAUUUCUAAGAGGCACUGUUUUAAAA